AUGACGAAAGCUGUCGGUAUUGAUUUGGGUACCACCUAUUCUUGUGUGGCUGUGUGGCAGAACGACCGUGUCGAGGUCAUUGCCAACGACCAGGGUAACCGCACGACACCUUCGUACGUUGCCUUUACAGACACCGAGCGUCUCAUCGGUGAUGCCGCCAAGAACCAGGUGGCUAUGAACCCCCACAACACUGUUUUCGACGCCAAGCGACUGAUCGGUCGCAAGUUUGCCGACACGGAGGUCCAGUCGGACAUGAAGCACUGGCCAUUCGCUGUCGUUGACCGAUCGGGCAAGCCUGCUAUCAAGGUUGAAUACAAGGGUGAGGAGAAGGUCUUCACACCCGAGGAGAUCUCAUCGAUGGUUCUCCUUAAGAUGCGCGAGACCGCUGAAGCAUACCUUGGCUCGGACGUUAAGGACGCUGUUGUGACUGUGCCUGCCUACUUCAACGACUCGCAGCGCCAGGCCACCAAGGACGCUGGUGUCAUUGCUGGCCUGAAUGUCAUGCGUAUCAUCAACGAGCCAACGGCUGCUGCCAUUGCAUACGGUCUCGACAAGAAGGACGACAGGGAGAAGAAUGUCCUCAUCUUCGACUUGGGUGGUGGUACUUUCGAUGUGUCCCUCCUGACGAUUGAGGAGGGCAUUUUCGAGGUCAAGGCCACCGCUGGUGACACGCACCUUGGUGGUGAAGACUUUGACAACCGUCUUGUGAACCACUUUGUGCAGGAGUUCAAGCGCAAGAACAAGAAGGACCUCACCUCAAAUGCCCGUGCUCUGCGUCGCUUGCGUACUGCCUCGGAGCGCGCCAAGCGCACCCUCUCGUCGGCUGCUCAAACCACGAUUGAGAUUGACUCGCUGUUUGAGGGUAUCGACUUCUACACUUCUAUCACCCGUGCCCGCUUCGAGGAACUGUGUGGUGACCUUUUCUCGCACACAAUUGACCCUGUUGAAAAGGUCCUGCGCGACUCGAAGAUUGACAAGGGCUCGGUUCACGAGGUUGUUCUGGUCGGUGGUUCGACCCGUAUUCCACGUGUGCAGAAGCUGCUCCGCGACUUCUUCAAUGGCCGCGAGCCGAACAAGUCGAUCAACCCAGACGAGGCUGUGGCUUACGGUGCCGCCGUCCAGGCUGCCAUUCUGACGGGUGACACGUCCGAGAAGACGCAGGACCUGCUUCUUCUCGACGUUGCCCCUCUCUCUAUGGGUAUUGAAACGGCUGGUGGUGUCUUUACCCCUCUUAUCAAGCGUAACACGACCGUGCCAACCAAGAAGUCGGAGGUCUUCUCGACUUACGCGGACAACCAGCCUGGUGUGUUGAUCCAGGUGUACGAGGGUGAGCGUGCCCGCACUAAGGACAACAACCUGCUGGGCAAGUUCGAGCUCUCGGGUAUCCCACCAGCUCCUCGUGGUGUGCCGCAGAUCGAAGUCACUUUCGAUGUUGACGCUAACGCCAUUCUGAACGUGUCCGCUGCCGACAAGACGACUGGUCGCUCAGAGAAGAUCACCAUUACGAACGACAAGGGACGUCUUUCGAAGGAGGAGAUCGAGCGUAUGGUGGCUGAUGCUGAGAAGUACAAGGCUGAGGAUGACGCUGCCGCUGAGCGUAUCAAGGCAAAGAACGGCCUCGAGUCGUACGCUUACAACCUGCGUAACUCGUUGAACGAGGAGGCCUUCGCGAGCAAGCUCGAUGCCUCGGACAAGGACUCUCUUAAGAAGGCCAUUGACGAGACCAUUGAGUGGCUUGAUAACACGCAAGAAGGCUCGAUUGACGAGUACCAGGACAAGCAGAAGGAGCUCGAGGGCAUUGCCAACCCGAUCAUGCAGAAGGCCUACAGUGCCGCUGGUGGCGCAGGUGGCUUCCCUGGUGGUGGUGCUGCUCCUGGUGGUGGAGCUACUGGUGGUGGCGACGAGGGCCCACAGGUGGAGGAGAUUGACUAA